UUUGACCUCAAUAGUGUCUCCCGGGAAUUUUGGGAGGGAGGUGCGAAAAGUCACGCGGCUUGGAGCGAGUUGUCAAACUUUGACAGACAGAAGUUUCGUCAUUCCCAGGCUUUUCAGUCGUGGUUUUAACGUUUGCCAGGAACAUGUCGACAGGACGUGGUCGCGGGAGAGGUUUUGGGAGGGGACGAAGCUCGGGAACAAGCGGGAAUGUUGGUGGAAGCGCGGCGGGGGACUCUGCGUCGCGCCCCGGCGGGCUCAUGAAUAGAGGACCGACGACUCCAAACGGGACCGUUACUUCUUCUGCUCUUCAAACUAACGAUGCUAAGGGUGGGUCAGGCUUACAGAACAACUCAAGGGAAACACACGAGACACGGUUAAAAGGUAACCAAAUGGAUCAGUCGAAGCCCCAGAAAGGUGAUGUCGUCAUGAUGGCCAAAUACAGCUACAAAGCCAACCCUGAUCAACCUGGCGGCUUUCCUGAACUGUCGGUGAAGCAGGCUCAGAUGCUGACGCUCGUCAAGAAACAUCCAAACAACGAGCACUGGUGGGAAGCCAAGAACGAGGAUGGGGAUGUGGGUUUUGUGCCCGCGUCCUAUAUGAUGAUCAUGGAACAGAAACCGACGUCCCUUCCAUGGCUCCAGAACAGAGAACCGGAGGAACCGAAGGAGCCUGAAGUCAACAGUAAAGUUAAACCUAAUGUGUUCGGCAGGCCACCUCAAGGAUCAUACAAGCCAUACAAGUCAGCCUAUGCUGAUGUCAGAGCGAAGGACAAAGAGAGGGAGAAAGAACAGUAUUACUGCAAGGUAUGUGAGAAACAGUUGAACGGUCCCAAGCCGUACGGAGCUCACAUGGCCAGCAAAGCCCACAAGGAGAAUGUGGAACUAGAACAGGAGAUGGGCAGGGUCUCCCUGUCAUAAGCUUCUGUCUCCAGCACGUCGGCAGAACGUACUGCGUCUGUGCAGAACCCUGGAUUUUCGUAGUUUUUGUUGGAUUUUUGGUCA